AUGUGGUGCUUGUCAGGUUAUUUAGAAUCACCAAAUUGCCCCCCAUCUAGACAAAACGACCGGACCAGACCAAGUGAGCGGAGCAGACCAAAAUUCUCCAAGCCUUAUCUCCUUCUCACGACCAACCAUGGCGGCGCGCCUGGCCGCCCAACCUCAGCGUCGGCCGUGGCCCUCUCCUCUCUGAAUCCCUCCCUCCGCUCCACUCCUGUGCCCGACCACCGAAUCCCAACGUCGCCAGCGGCUCAAUCCAAAUCGGCUUGCGCAUUGGCUUCUCUAAAUGGUACAUAUCAGGAGAAUUUUCAGUUGUUGUGGAACUUUAAGGCAGAAUUAUUGGCAGCCAACCUAGGAAGUGUAUGUGAAAUAGAUAUCAAGAAAGUUCGGAAGAAUGGUGGCAUUGUGCACUACUUCAAUCGGCUGUUUGUUGCCUUCAAGCCAUGCAUUGAUGGUUUUCUGGCAGGUUGCAGACCAUAUUUGGGGGUUGAUUCAACCUUUCUUACAUGCAAGUACACAGACGACUGGUUGCAGACUAUUGGUGUUGAUGGACAUAGCUGGAUGUUUCCCGUUGCAUUUGGGAUCUUUGAGAAGGAGAACACUAAAAAUUGGGUGUGGUUCAUGCAACAACUUAAGUUGUGUAUUGGUGAUCCAGAAGGUCUCGCAAUACAUACAGAUGCAUGUAAAGGGUUGGAGAAUGCCAUUACUCCGGUGUACCCAAGCUGUGAGCAUAGAGAAUGCAUGAUGCAUCUCAUGCUCAACUUCAAGAAGAAGUUCAAAGGUGACAUACUUGAUAACAUGUGGCCUCUAGCCUGGACAUACGAAACUGAGAAACAUGAGUCCCUCAUGGCGGAGAUAGAAGCAAUCAGCCCAGAAGCAAUAGCCUACUUAAAGAAGCAACAUAAUUGUUUGUGGACUAGAAGUAAGUUUUCAUCAAUAACCAAAGUUGAGUAUGUCAGUAAUAACUUGGCAGAAGUAUUCAAUAAUUGGAUCAGAGAUAAGAAACAACUCGCAAUCGUGGAGCUUGCAGACAAAUAUAGGGAGAUGGCGAUGCAAAUGAGAGCAAAAAGGAGAAAGGUUGCAGAUGGGCUGCAAGGUACCAUACUACCAAGUGUGGUAAAAGAGUUGAAUCAGAAAAGCAAGGGAUUGCGCUAUGGUGAAGUCAGGGCAACACCAACCAUAGCCGAGAUAUCUGGAAAUGGAUGGAGGCACAUAGUUGACUUGGGCAAAAAGGAAUGCUCUUGUAGACGUUGGCAGAUAGGUGGUAAGCCUUGCACACUUGCUCUCCAUUUCAUAUUCUCUAAAGGAGAGAAGGUAGAUCAAUAUGUUGAUGAUUGCUUCUCGGUAGCCAAGUUCAAAGCUGCAUAUGAGCCAAUUCUCAUGCCAAUUAGGGGCUAA